AUGUUUUGGCAGGAAGUUCCCAGCCCCGAGUCUGGGGUAAUAGUGAAAACUGCCAAAGAUGGAUGUGCAGAGGGUCUCGUUUAUGGUGGAGGGGGAAAAGAAGGGAUCUUCAUUAAGGAAGUGGUACCAGAGUCCCCUGCAUCAAAGAGUCUGAAACUUAAAGAAGGUGAUCAGAUUCUGAGUGCCACAGUGUAUUUUGACAACGUGUCAUACGAAGAUGCCAUUCAGAUACUGGAGCACGCUCAAGCGUACAAAGUGAAGCUCUGCUUGAAACGCAAACCAGAUAUCACAGAGACUGAAUCAGCCAUCGAAUCUGACGUAGUCUUGGGAGUAUAACUGACAUUUCAUAUUUCUGUUUCUCGACAGGAGGAAGACAUCUAUGCUCCAGAGAUGAGGGAGCAAGGAAAAAGCAAAAGGCGUGGUGAUGCUCGCAUUUCGUGGCCUAAGUUUCCCUCUUUUGGAAAAGGACGGAAGUCCCGCUUUACAAGGUCUCACAGUUCCUCAGAGGCGGAUGAGCAGAGAAAGCUUGAGCUGAGCCCCACCACAAGUGACACAGAGUCACCUAUAAAAUCUCAGGAUGCACUCAAAGGCAAGAAGAGGCAUAAAAUAAAGCUUUCUCUUCUGACAAAGAGAGGCCGCAUAAGUUCAUCUGAAGACCAGGACACAGAUACACCAACAACUGGGCAGAUCAUCCAGACACAUGAAGCAUCAGACAUGCUUUCACCUGAGUGCCUUGAAAGCCCCUCGGGAGAAACACCUGAAGUCUAUGUGACAGAGGAUCGGAAAGGAGUGGAAGACUUAAGACUUGGGCAAAAUGAUCAAAAACUGACUGAACCUCAAACUGUUCAACACAAGGUGGAACUCAUCACUAUAGAUAGCACUUUGAAAACAGAAGAUCUAACUGUGGCUCUGGCAGAUAAAGACAGCUCCUCUGGUAUCAAGUCCCCUGAUGGCAAGAAAAAGAAGAAAGAACGAUCUGAAUUAAAAAUGAAAAUUUUGGGAAAGGAUAAAGUGAACAAGAAAGAUGCAAAAGCAAAAUCCUCACCAAAGAGGCUGAAAACACUCGGGGCAAGUAUUGAAAUACCAGAUCAACCUGAAAAAUCAGCUGCCAUCCCAAGUUCUGAGUCACACACAAAACUACAGGAUCAACUAGCACCUGAUGCCAAUACCCGAAUCAUCAGCAGUGAGAGUUUGAGAGUAAUCUCAGCAAAAUCAAUGACAACACAGAUGGAAAUGAGUGUUCCGAAGGUGGAACUUGAUAUACCCGAUGUCUCCUUCAUACGGAAAUCUCCACAGAAAGGUGAAGAAAAAAUGAAGGACAUUAAACAAGAAACAAGGACAGGUCCCACAUUCAAACUACCUAGAAUAGGCUUGGGUGACCUUGCCACUGAGGAAACUAUACAAAAAAUGAAUGUGAAUGUUGAAGAAUGCACAACUAAAAUUGAGCAGCUUACAACUGAUGGUACAGAAGUGAAAGAAGACCCUUAUGAGCGACUGUCAAAAAGCAGCCUUUCAAGAAUAGAACUUCCCAAACGUGAAGAAAUUGAAAUUCCAGGUAUGGAAGACAUGUCUAUGAGGACCACAGCCAGAGGAAUUAAAGACCCUAAAGCUGGUUUCACGGGACAUUAUGAAGAAAUUCAAGCUGAAGCUGUACAAAUGUCAAUUGAUGUUGACAGCGUGAAAGAGGCAGUAUCAAAAUUGCCUGGAUUUAAGCUACCUAAGGUUGACACGUCAGGAGUGCCUAUUCCUGAAGAAAUUAUUAUGAUAGACGCAAAUGCACAAAGAAUAUCAGUGAAAACGCCUACUAAAGUAGUAGAUACCAAAACAAAAUAUGAGACACACUUCAUUAAGUUUGAUACAACUGCCUCUCCAGAAAUCUCCAAGACUACAGUCAAACUACCAAAGAUCACAUCUGCUGAUUUAACCUCAGAGGAACUUUUAAUCGAGACCAAGGUAGAUUUAAAGAAACCUGAAAAGAAAUCCAAAACUAAGGCAAAACAAAGUGACAAAGAGAUUAAAACUGAGGUUUAUAAACGAGAUGAUAUUAUAAUACCUGGAAAAGAAAGUGCACCUGAAGUCGCCAUUAUUCAGGCACAAGACACACAGGGCAUCAAAUCGGAAUAUGACUCUGCAGCUACACUGAGCCCAAAUGAAUCUGAGAAGAAAUCAAAGAAGGCAAAGAUAACAGCUAGCUUUGGGAUUGCAAAACCAGACAUUAAAAUCCCUGACAUUGGAAUUGACUUACCAAAACAAAAUAUCUAUGAGCGAAAAGUGGAUGGCAUAAAAGGAGAGAAAACUGAAGCAAGAAAAGGCAAGGGGCAAACUGGAAGAGUCAUAUCUGAUGUCAAAAUACCUGAAAUUGACAGCAUUGAAUACAUUGAUUCAGUAGGUGGUUCACCAAACAAAAAGGAUGGUGGCAGCUGGCUUGCAGGUUUUGGUGUUAGUCUUGAUGCUACAAAGCCAAAUGCUAACAUCUCCUUUCCAGAUGUCAGAGAUGAAUUAGAAGAUGUCAGUGUAAACGUCCCUGAUGUAGAUAAGGAUAUACAUAUUGAUGGGGCAGAGAUACAAACAUUGGAAAGAGAGGGAAAAGGUAGCAAGUUUAAAAUGCCAAACCUAGGCAUCUCCAUACCAAAGGUAAAAGGACCUAAAAUGGAUUUAAGCCUAUCAAAAAAAGAUGUAGAUGUCACACUACCAGAAACUAAAGCUGAGGUCAAACUCCCAGAAGUGCCUGAGGUUGAUGUUACCCUUGGAAAUGUUUCUAUUACAGAGCAAAAAAUGGAGGUAAAAAAACCUGAAUUUGAAAUCAAACCUAUGACAAGGGAAGGUGAAAUUGAUGGACAAGGAGGCAAGUUCAAAAUGCCAAAACUUGGUAUCAAAAUGCCAAAAAUGAAAGGGCCUGAAUUUGAUUCAAGCAUAUCAAAGAAAGACAUUGAUGUCAAACAAACAGAUGCUAAAGCUGAAGGGAAAAUCCCAGAAGCUCCUGAGAUUGACGUUACUUUUGGAAGUAUAGAUGUCUCUAUUCCACAACAAAAGAUGAAGGUCAAAACUCCUGAAUUGGAAAUCAAACCUCUGCAGACUGAUGGUGAACUUGAUGAGCAAGGAAGCAGGUUCAAAAUGCCAAAGUUGGGAAUCGCAAUGCCGAAAGUAAAAGGGCCUGAAAUGGAUUUCAGCUUAUCUAAGAAAGACAUAGAUGUGACUCUACCAGAAGCCAAAGCAGAAGUCAAACUCCCUGAUGUUGAACACACUGCUAAAGUAGAAAUUAAAGCUCCUGAAUUUAAAGGUGUAGAAAAGGAUGCAGAAGGAUCACCAUCAAAAUUUAAGAUGCCAACAUUCAAACUACCAAAAUUUGGUGUUGGUACUCCACACGUCUCUGUAAAAGUACCUGAUAUGGACAAAGAUGUAAAAAUCGAUGGAGCUGACAUUAAUAUCCCUGAGGAGCACUCUGCGGUUACCAUUGCAACACCUGACAUUGACAUUGAGGGCCCUUCAAUAGGAACUGAACAGGAUGGAAAAGGAGGCAAGUUUAAAAUGCCACAUCUUGGUUUCUCUAUGCCAAAGGUGAAAGGACCAAAAAUUGAUUUAAGCCUACCGAAGAAAGAUGUAGAUGUGACAUUACCAGAGGCUAAAGCCAAUGUCAAACUUCCAGAGGCCCCUAAAAUUGCUGUGGAGAUGAAAUCACCAGAGUGUGAAGCAGAAAUGGAUGGUCAUGGUGGGAAGAUUAAAAUACCAAAGUUUGAAGUGAAAAUGCCAAAAGUAAAAGGGCCAGAAUUUGAUUUAAGAUCAUCAAAGAAAGACGUUGAUGUCAAACUUCCAGAGGUUGAUAUAGGAAAAGUAGAUGUUUCAAUUCCAGAGGCCAAGAUGGAGGUUAAAAGCCCUGAACUGGAAAUGCAGUCCUUGCAGACUGAAUGUGAACUUGAUGGACAAGGAGAAAGGUUCAAAAUGCCAAAGUUUGGAAUCAAAAUGCCAAAGGUAAAAGGGCCAGAAUUUGACUUGAGCUUAUCAAAGAAAGACAUGGAUGUGACAUUGCCACAGACAAAAGCUGAGGUCAAACUCCCAGAUGCCCCUAAGAUUGAUGUCAGUCUUGGAAAAGCAGAGGUUUUGACUCUAGAUGCAAAGGCUGAAGUUGAGAAACCUGAACUGAAAAUGAAAUCUUUGCGGACUGAAGUUGAAGGACAAGGAAGCAAGUUCAAAAUGCCAAAGUUUGGAAUGGCAAUGCCAAAGGUAAAAGGACCUGAAUUUCAUCUAGGCUUCUCAAAGAAAGAUGUUGAUGUGACACUACCAGAAGCCAAAGUAGAUGUCAACCUCCCUGAUGUUGAACUAAAAGAACCUUCAGCUAAAGUAGAAAUUAAAGCUCCUGACAUUGCCACGGUGGAAGUUAAAAAACCUGAAGUGGAAAUCAAACCUUUGCAGACUGAUGUUGAACUUGAAGAACAAGGAGGAAAGUUCAAAAUGCCAAAGUUUGGAAUCACAAUGCCAAAAGUAAAAGGGCCUGAAAUUGAUUUAAGCUUCUCAAAGAAAGAUGUAGAAGUUGACGGACAAGGAAGCAGAUUUAAAAUGCCAAAGUUUGAAAUCACAAUGCCAAAAGUAAAAGGGCCUGAAAUUGAUUUAAGCCUCUCCAAGAAAGAUGUAGAUGUGACACUACCGGAAGCUAAAGCUGAGGUCAAACUCCCAGAAGCUCCCAAAAUUGCUAUGGAAAUGAAACCACCAGAGUAUGUUGAUGUACCAAAAAUUAAAGCAGAGGUCUCUCUGCCAGAGGCAGAAGUCAAAGAGCCUUCAGGUGGUGUUGUGAUAGACCAACCAGGUGUGGAGGUAGAUGCAAAACUAAAAAAGCGAAGGUUUUCACUGCCAAGAUUUUCUUUUUCAAAAUCAAGUGUUAAGUCCCCAGAAGUUGAUGUCAGUCUUCCGGAUGUGAAUGCUGCAAUUCCAGAGGGAAAGGUGGAAGUGAAAGAAGGGGACAUGGAUAUGAAACUACCAGAGUGUGAAGCAGAACUUGAUGGGCAAGGAAGCAAGUUUAAAAUGCCAAAAUUUGGAAUCACAAUGCCAAAGGUAACAGGUCCUGAAUUAGAUAUCAGCUUAACAAAGAAAGAUGUUGAAAUGACACUACCAGAAGCCAAAGCUGAGGUCAGGCUCCCUGACAUUGAACUGAAAGAACCUUCUGCUGAAGUGGAAAUCAAAGCUCCUGACUUCAAAGUUGUGACGAAGGAUACAGAAGGAUCACCAUCAAAAUUCAAGAUGCCAACAUUCAAAUUACCAAAAUUUGGAGUUAGUAUGCCAAGUGCUACCAUAGAAGUGCCUGAUACACACAAAGAUGUCAAAAUUGAUGGCGCUUACAUUGAAAUUCCUGAAGAGGUUCACACAGUUGAAAUUGUAGCACCCAGCAUUGACACUGAAGGACCAUCAAUAGAUAUAAAAACUACAGGAACUGAACAUGAAGGCAAAGGAACUAAGUUUAAAAUGCCAAAGUUUGGAAUUACAAUGCCAAAGGUUACAGGUCCUGAAAUUGAUUUAAGCUCAUCAAAGAAAGAUGUUGAUCUGUCACUACCAGAAGCCAAAGCUGAAGUCAAACUCCCUGACAUUGAACUGAAAGAUACUUCUGCUGAGGUGGAAAUCAAAUCUCCUGAGUUCAAGGUUGUAACAAAGGAUACAGAAGGAUCACCAUCAAAAUUUAAGAUGCCAACAUUCAAAUUACCAAAAUUUGGAGUUGGUAUGCCAAGUGCCAACAUAGAAGUGCUCGACACGCACAAAGAUGUCACAACUGAUGGAGCUGACAUUAAAAUUCCUGAAGAGAUUCACACAGUUGAAAUUGUAGCACCCAGCAUUGACACUGAAGGACCAUCAAUAGAUAUGAAAACUACAGGAACUGAACAUGAAGGAAAGGGAACUAAGUUUAAAAUGCCAAAGUUUGGAAUUACAAUGCCAAAGGUUAAAGGUCCUGAAUUUGAUUUAAGCUUAUCAAAGAAAGAUGUUGAUGUGUCACUACCAGAAGCUGAAGCUGAAGUCAAAGUCCCUGAUGCUGAACUGAAACAACCCUCUGCUGCAGUGGAAAUCAAAGCUCCUGAGUUCAACGUUGUAACAAAGGAUACAGGAGGAUCACCAUCAAAAUUUAAGAUGCCAACAUUCAAAUUACCAAAAUAUGGGUCUCCUAGUGCCACUGUAGAAAUGCCUGAUGCAGACAAAGACAUCAAAAUCAAUGGAGCUGACAUUAAAAUUCCUGAAGAAGUUCUCACAGUUGAAAUUGCAGCACCCAGCAUUGACACUGAAGGCCCAUCAAUAGAUAUGAAAACUACAGUAACUGAACAUGAAGGAAAAGGAAGCAAGUUUAAAAUGCCAAAGUUUGGAAUCACAAUGCCAAAGGUAGCAGGUCCUGAAAUUGAUUUAAGCUUAUCAAAGAAAGAUGUUGCUGUGACACUGCCAGAAGCCAAAGCUGAGGUCAAUCUCCCUGACGUUGGACUGAAAGAACCUUCUGCUGAAGUGGAAAUCAAAGCUCCUGAGUUCAAGGCAAGUAAUGUUGAAGGAUCUCCAUCAAAAUUUAAAAUGCCAACAUUUAAAUUACCCAAAUUUGGAGCUGCUACUUCACAGGUCAGUGUGGAAGUACCUGAUGUGGACAAAGACAUUACAGUGGAUGGAGCAGACUUAAAAUUACCACAAACAAAAGCUGAAAUCAAACUUCCUGAUGUUGAAGUCAAAGAGCCGGUGGGUUCAAUUUUAGUAUCACCAGUGACAGAGGGUGAUGCCAAGUUGAAAAAGCCAAGGUUUUCAUUACCCAAAUUUUCAUUUUCAAAGCAAAGCACAAAAGAACCUGGAGCUGAUGUCAGUCUCCCAGACGUUGAUGUUUCUCUUCCAGAAGUAAAUGUGGAUGUCAAACAACCAGAGGUGGAGCUUAAGUCACCAGAAGGUGAUGUAGAAUUAGAUGGACAGGGAAACAAGUUUAAAAUGCCAAAGUUUGGCAUCUCAAUACCAAAAGUGAAAGGGCCUGAAAUUGAUUUGAGCUUGUCGAAGAAAGAUGCUGAUGUCACACUCCCAGAAGCCAAAGCUGAAAUGAAACCUCUGGAUGUUAAAAUAAAACAACCGUCUGCCAAAGUGGAAAUUAAAGCUUCUGAGAUUGAAGUUCAAACAGGUCAUGUUGAAGGAUCACCAUCAAAAUUCAAAAUGCCAACAUUCACAUUACCCAAAUUUGGAGCAGCUACCCCAAAGGUCAGUGUGGAAGUACCUGAUGUGGACAAAGACAUUAAAAUUGAUGGAACAAAGCCUGAAGCACCUACAGUGGGAGCUAAAGUGGAUGUCACAGGACCCAGCAUUGACACUGAAGGCAUGUCGGUAGAUGUAAAAGCUAAAGGAAGUGAAGGAUCAGGAAGCAAAUUUAAAAUGCCAAAGUUUGGCAUCUCAAUGCCCAAAGUUAAAGGACCUGAAAUCGAUUUGAGCUUGUCGAAGAAAGAUGUUGAUGUCACACUCCCAGAAGGCAAAGCUGAAAUUAAACCUCUGGAUGUUAAAAUAAAACAACCGUCUGCCAAAGUGGAAAUUAAAGCUCCUGAGAUUGAAGCUCAAACAGGUAAUGUUGAAGGAUCACCAUCAAAACAUAAAAUGCCAACAUUCACUUUACCCAAAUUUGGAACAGCUACUCCAAAGGUCAGUGUGGAAGUACCUGAUGUAGACAAAGACAUUAAGAUUGAUGGAGAAAAGAUGGAAGUAACUAAAGAAGGGGCUACAGUGGUUGUCACAGCACCCAGCAUUGACACUGAAGGCCUGUCUCUAGAUGUAAAAGCUAAAGGAGGUGAAAUUGAGGGAGCAGGAAGCAAAUUUAAAAUGCCAAGUUUUGGCAUCUCAAUGCCCAAAGUUAAAGGACCUGAAAUUGAUUUAAGUUUAUCAAAGAAAGAUGCAGAUGCCACACUCUCAGAAGCUAAAGCUGAGGUAAAACUGCCAGAUGUUCAAAUCAAAGAACCUGAAGUUGCCAUUUCAGUACCAGAUGCACCUACAGUUGAGGCUGAAGCCAAGAUGAAACGACCAAACUGGACAUUUCCCAAAUUUUCAUUUUCAAGGACAGGUGGUAAAGCCCCUCAAGUUGAUGUUGAACUUGAAAAACCAAAAGUUGAUGUUACAUCACCUGAAGCCAAAGCAGAAGUCUGUCUACCAGAUAUUGAAGUCCAAGGACCUUCUGGGUCAAUGGAAGAGCCACCUGCUGCAGAACUUGAUGCAAACUUGAAAAAGACAAAAUUUUCACUUCCCAAAUUUUCGUUUUCAAAAUCAAGUGUUAAAGAGCCUGAAGUCAGUACUGAACUUCCAAAUGUUGAUGUUUCUCUUCCGGAAGUAAAUGUGGACGUUAAAAAACCAGAUGUGGAACUUAAGCCACCAGAAGGUGAUGUAGAAUUUAAUCUGCAAGAAAGCAAGUUUAAGAUGCCAAAGUUUGGCAUCUCAAUACCAAAAGUGAAAGGGCCUGAAAUUGAUUUAAGCUUAUCAAAGAAAGGUGUUGAUGUUACACUCCCAGAAGCCGACGUUGAAGUUCAACAUACAGAUGUUAAAAUAAAACAACCGUCUGCUACAGUGGAAAUUAAAGCUCCUGAAAUUGAAGCUCAGGCAGGAAUUGUUGAAGGAUCACCUUCAAAACUUAAAAUGCCAACAUUCACAUUACCCAAAUUUGGAGCAGCUACUCCAAAGGUCAGUGUGGAAGUACCUGACAUGGACAAAGAUAUCAAAAUUGAUGGAGCAAAGCUGGAAGUAGCUAAAGAGGGAGCUAAAGUGGAUGUCACAGCACCCAGCAUCGACACUGAAGGCCUGUCUGUAGAUGUAAAAGCUAAGGGAGGUGAACUUGAGGGAGCAGGAAGCAAAUUUAAAAUGCCAGGUUUUGGCAUCUCAAUGCCCAAAGUUAAAGGACCUGAAAUUGAUUUAAGCUUAUCAAAGAGGGAUACAGAUAUCAAAUUACCAGAGGCCAAAACGGAAGUCAAACUCCCUGAUGUUGAACUGAAAGAACCUUCUGCUGAAGUGGAAAUCAAAGCUCCUGAGUUCAAGGUUGUGACAAAGGAUACAGGAGGAUCACCAUCAAAAUUUAAGAUGCCGACGUUCAAAUUACCAAAAUUUGGGUCUCCUAGUGCCACUGUAGAAAUGCCUGAUGUGCACGAAGACAUCAAAAUCGAUGGAGCUGACAUUAAAAUUCCUGAAGAGUCAAGUGUUAAAGAGCCUGAAGUCAGUGCCGAGCUCCCACAUGUUGACGUUUCUCUUCCAGAGGGAGAAGUGAAAGUCAAACAACCUGAAAUGGAAAUUAAAGCUCCUGAGCUUGAAGCUGAACAUGAUGGGCAAGGAAGCAAGUUUAAAUUGCCAAAGUUUGGCAUCACACUACCAAAAGCAAUAGGUCCUGAAGGAGAUUUAUCACAGAAAGAUGUAGCCAUCACACUGCCAGAAGUCAAAGCAGAGGUAAAAGUCCCUGAAACUGGAGUCAAAUCUUCAGCUAGUGUUGAAAUUAAAGCUGGAGAGACUGAAACUAAGUCAAAAGAUGUUGGAGGAUCACCAUCAAAAUUUAAAAAACCAACAAUUAAAAUGCCGAAAAUUGGAGGUGCUACCCAUGAUGUCACAGUAGAAGCACCUGAACUUAAGGAGGAUGUUUCUGUCAACAUCAAAGGUCUAAGUGUUGAUAUUAAAACGGAUGUGUCCAAAGCAGCAACAACAGAUACUGAAACACCAAAGACUGAGACUGACACUGCAAGUCUUGGCUCUCCAAGUAAAUUCAAACUACCAUCAUUUAAAAUGCCAAAGCUGAGUUUCUCAAGACCCAAACCUGAAGAUGGAUAUUCCCCUGUUGAAACUGAAUACAAAGAAGAUAAGCUGGAAAUGGAAGUUGAGCCGAAAGGAGAGAUUAAAUCACCCAAAAUGACUCUGACGUCAUUUGGUGAGAUCCUCAAGAAUAUUGACGUUGAAUUUGAUGUUUCAAAAAAUCUUGAAACCUCAAAGGAAGUUCAUGAACGAGAUGAACCCAGUGAAAAGCAAUUAGAGGCAAAGGAAAAGGAAACAAAUACCAAGCAAGAUACUACCAAAAGUCCUGAGAAGACAGGUUGGUUUAAAUUCCCCAAGUUUGGACUGUCUUCCCCAUCAGAACCUGCCAAGAUAUCUGAAAAAGACCGGCAGAAGGAUGAGAAGAGCCCUGUAGCUGAAUCGGUGGAUGAGGAAAUAAGCCCCACCUGUUCUGUCCAGUCGUCAGAUGCCUUUGCUGAUAUUAGCUCUGCAAUGACAAGUGAGCAUCUUGGCCUGUCCUUAUCUUCUCCAACCAAGGUAACUGUCAAAUACUCUGACCCUAACACUGCUACAGGGCUUGGAGAGAUGCACGGGAACAUCAUUACUUCCACCACAAGGAGUGAGCUGAUCUCGGUUGAACCCAACUUGCCUGAGAAAAUCACCAUUCUGUCAUCUGGAGUUUCAUCUUCAUCGGAAGACACGCUCAGACUGGAAUCUGGAAAGAUACACGUCAUUACAUCAAAUAUACAAGCAACCCCAGAAUCGCUGCAUGCAAAGCUACUAACUGCUGUCCAAGUCCAACCAGCUGGAGGCCUUCACCUACAAUCAGAGGCUAACGAAUCGGCAUCAUGGACUGUCGAAGACUCACAAGGCAGCAAGAGAACAGUCAUUGAGAGGCAUGUAGUUAGGGAAACAUCAAGUGAAAGAAGUGAAGGCAAAGAAACAAUUGUCAUAACUAAACAAAUUACACAUAUGUUUGACUCUUCUGAGCCCAUCUCAGGCGACACAGCGUCAUCCAUUCAACGACUGAGAGACUCUGUGCACUCUGAGAAAAUGAAGUUCUUUGAUGGAGCUAAAAAGUGAAAUAACUUGAUGUAAAUUAUGUCUAAAGAUACAAUCCCUUAAUUUCCAGCCUCAGUGGCCAGUGGGUUCCCAAUUUUACUGUGCAUAAGUCGUGUGAUAGAAGGGUGAGAUAGACAACAGGUUAGCAACUGGAAAAGAUCAUUAGCAAGUUAAGCUUACCAAUCACAGGAGAGGGUUUGAGAGAUCUGGUGUUAACUGGUGCUAACUUCAAUCUCUGGUUGCAUGUUCACCUGUAAAAGAUGGAUUUAUGUAUUUCACACUGUGAUUAAGUUAUUAAUAAGCUAUAUAACUCAGUGCCCUUAAUGACAGGGGCUUCACCAAAUAUCUUUUGCUUAUUAUGGUGCAGAACUACAUUAAGCCAUGUGUUUUGCUUAUCAAAAACAACUUUGUUGUUUGAUAGUUUUUAAUGCACAAGACUGAUCCAACUCACUUGUGCUCCUAUUUGCCGGAUGAUAAUCACCAGUGCAUUUGAUUUAAAAAAAUACUGUUGCAAAAAUCAAUCAAUGUUACUGACAUUCCAAAAUAUGUUUACAAUAAUUUAACUGUAAAGUUGACAAUAGAGAACACCUACAAUUACACUAUUGCAGUAUAUGAUGGGAUAUAUGUACAUGUAUCACUAAGAUAUUCUUAUUGCUGUAGCUAAAAUGUAAAGAAAUGAUAGCAAUGCAAAGCUGAAACAAAAACGCUUCCGAUCAAACACAGCGAGUGUACUGCUGCAACUAUAUUUUUUAGUAAUAUUUUGCUUAAAACCUAAUUUGCUGCAGUAAAAAUAUAUCAAUAGUAUGUUUCAAUAUUAUUGUACAA